GGCCGAGCGCGUUCAGACGCCGCGUGCAGAGUCGCGGGCGCGUUAGGCGCGCGUGUCAUCUGGUUGGUGGGGGGGUGGGGGUACCCUCGUUGUAUUUAUGCCUCCCCAGUAUUUUUGUGACCUGCCACCACCACCACCACCUCUGCCCUGUCCCCUCCGUAAGCAAGCGGUCUUUGCCCGGCUUCCCUUAAUUAAACGGCAGCGUCUGGGCGAUUUUAAUGUUUGCGCUGUUGGCGCUCUCUCUCUGCCCUCCUUUGCGUCUCCCUCGCGAUGACCGUCUGAGAGACUUCUGCUAACGAGAGCCGAAUCCCUUGCGCGGGCUGCUGCUGCUGAUUUCACGCGAGACUUUGUGUUGUGCGACCACGAGUCCAGAAACCUGCUGUCGUCUCCUCCUGCAUCGCCAAGGCUCCUGCAACGGCUAAUUGAAUUUCAAGACGCUUGCCAAAAGUGGAAGACUGUCAACCUUGUGAAGAGUUCCCCUUUAUUUAUUUUACUCCCCUCCAGCAAAUCUCUCAUCGGAAUUAAUGCCACCUCGACCACCUCAACCACAACGAUAACCGGGGGCCCCCUGCGGUGUUCAAAAAUCGCUGGCGGGAGGACGAAAUUGCUCCAGCUUGGUGGCCUCAUCGCCGCGGCCCCCCCCCACCCCCCCCCAAACCUCCUUUUUGUAUAAUCAUCGUUAUUAUGGGUCAGAAGAUCUCAACGGGCGUGAAGAACGUCGACGACGAGUCGUCGUCGUCGUCCGUCUGCCGCUCGCUGCGCCACCAGGCGUUCCUGGGGCCCGACUUCUGCCGUCCGGCGCGUCUUGACCUCCUCCUCGACCUGCCGCCCGCCAGCGCCGAGGUGCGCGCGCGCCACGCCUGGAACGACCGCGACCGCUCGCUCAACGUCUACGUGAAGGAGGACGACCCCGCCACCUUCCACAGGCACCCCGUGGCGCAGAGCACCGACGGCAUCCGGGGUCGCGUCGGCUACACGCGGGGCCUCCACGCCUGGGAGGUGACGUGGCCCGCGCGUCAGCGGGGCACCCACGCAGUGGUCGGCGUGGCAACGGCGGACGCGCCGCUCCACUCGGUGGGCUACACGUCGCUCGUCGGCUCCACCGCAGACUCGUGGGGCUGGGACCUCGGGCGCAACAAGCUCUACCACGCGGGCAAGGCGGUGGGCCGCGACGGGGAGCACAGGACUUACCCGGCGUACCUGACGGCGGACGAGAGCUUCGUGGUGUCGGACUCGUUCCUCGUGGUGCUCGACAUGGACGAGGGCACCGUGAGCUUCGUGGUGGACGGGCAGUACCUGGGCGUGGCGUUCCGCGGGCUCAAGGGCAGGAAGCUGUACCCCGUGGUGAGCGCCGUGUGGGGCCACUGCGAGAUUACCAUUCGCUACAUAAACGGACUCGAUCCUGAGCCGUUGCCUCUGAUGGACCUGGCACGGAGGUCCGUACGAGGGGCCAUGGGGAAAGAUCGUCUCCACGAAAUAGAAUCCCUUCCGCUGCCUCCCGCGCUCAAGUCCUACCUCCAGUACCACUGAGGGGGUGGGAAUACGUGGCGGCGAUGGGCGGCGGCUGCCAUUGUGCUCGACGUUGAGGAGCUUGGUGGUUGUUGUUGUUGUGAAGAACCGCAACCGCCUCCUGCCCGGCGUCACGUCGCGCCCGUCCUGCACGUCCAGGCCACGGACGUGUUUGUUCGCAAACGCAAAGACAACCAAAAACGCAACUCUGCUCUCGGUUUCCCACCCCUGCCCCCCCCCCCCCACCCUUUGAUUUUAAGAAAACAAAAGUGGAAUGCACACGACGACGUUCCAUGAACCGACCGUUUCGCUCCUUAGCCGAUGUCUUGAAAUGUUCUUUAAUUUAUCUCGUGAACCAGACAAAAUCCUGAAGUUGUGCCAAGGUCACACCAUGACAACCUUGCUCGACAAUGAUACCACCACCGCACAAUUUGUACAGUACCUUUUUUAUCUUCAGAAAUUUCUGGACAUGCGGCGUUGCUUUUUUUUCUUUGCUCCUACUGUGGCGGGAGUCUGGAACCAGGAAUUUUGGGACCGAGGACAAGCCGUGCAAGUUUUUUUCACGUGUAAAUGAAAUAACACGGUUAAGGGAAGCGAGAGAAAGAAGACUGAGAGACUGAACGCUGUAGCCAGCCAACCCAACCGCACGUUUGCUCCGGGACUUGGAGGGGAUGAAGUUGCAAGGAUUGGGGGGUUCAACUUGAAAUUAGUCCGUUAUCGUUGCUGACGUUGAUCAGGCAUUACACCUCCUCAUUCCUAACACUGAACGCAAGAUUGAAUGUGAACAGAGAACGUCAUGGUUACCGCAUUAUACAUCCCACUCUCCCCUACAUGGCCAGGAUGCAAUGCUGUGUAAUCCUAAUUUUAUAUAUUUCUCUGGCCAUUAAUCAAUCGAGGCGAUGUGCUGGAACAACAUUGCCGACGAAUGGUAUAUACUGAACUGAUCAAUUUACCAUAAAAAUGCUGCUUCCUAAUGAUAUUUUUUAGGUUUUCUUAUUAGUUCUACAUCGUUGAUCUUGACACCCUUGGUGUGUGUGGUGGUGGGGGGGGGGUGCGUGUGGGCCUCAUGUCUAGAUUUAUUUUGGUGGUUUCUUAUGAAGACAAAAGCUUUUCAAUUGACAAAUGCAGCAAUGUGAGCAGAGCCUACAAACCCUGGCUUGCCAGCGUUGUUGUAAAGUUGCAUGCAGUGAAAUUUCCAUUUCUACCUUUUUUUUAAAGCUUUAAAUUCCGUCUUUCCACCUCCCUCGUGAGCCCUGACCACCACUUCUCUUCUACGUCUCUCUCGUUUGUCCCUUUUUAUCUGCCCCCCCCCCCCAACCCAUUUUUGACAACAUUCUGCGGUUUUUGCAGAACGACUUUAUUGGUGUUUUUUUAAGCAAGGACGCAACAUCUUAAUAUUAGGUGGUGCAUCGGAAUUGUGCGAGGACGCUCCGUGCUGGACAAGCGGGGAAAGCUUCAUGUUUACUCCCGACCCGCUCCCACCCCCACCAUGACUUGAUGCUGAGUGGGUGAAGCUACCCGUGCAUUUAUACGCUUGUAAUUUAAUUUAGCUUUAAUUGUUUAAUUUUUAUUCGGAUGUGUGCGUGUGUGUAAAUGGGUGCGUGUUUUUUUUUGGUUUGAGAGGUGGCUUUUUUUCCCCCCAAGUGCAAUAUUUGUGGUGCAUGCUAUAUGACAGAUGGUUGACUGGCAAGUGUGUAGGGAGAGAGAGGUGGAGUUUAUCGAGAGAUGUGUGCGAUACAUCGAACGUGUGUAGGCCCUCGUCGUGACGAUUUCCACCAGAACACGGUGGAGGAUUUCGCUUUGGGCGGUGGGAGGGGAGGGGGAUGUUCCUUUGCUUCAUUUCAAAUUUUCAUCCAAAUCUCCCUGACCGUCAUUCAUCUGGAGGUAAAAUCCCAGAGAAUUAUUUUUGUAAUUUAUUUUUUCACAAACGGCAAACUUAGGUCUCCCGCGCGCUACUGAUUUAGUGUGGUGUUUUUAUUUCAAUGAGAUGCUUUUAUGUAAAUCCCCCCCCACCCACCCCUAAUUUGGGGAUGCCCCUUUAUGUACAUAUCUCGGUGACUUUGAAACCGUAGCCAUAAAUUGACGUAUUGAAACACCGCUUUUAGCGAGAAUCUGUAUGGCUUUACCGUAAAAACCUCAUUUUCCCACUUUUAUCAGAGAAAUAAAAAUACGAUGUUGGUACCUGGCGAGGAAAGAGUGCUGGCUCUUGCAACUCUGCUUUAUAUUCAAACCUGAAUUCCCUCCUCACGCAAUUACAAUUUUUGAUGCACGUCUUUUUGAUAAAGGUUUAUAUGCUCGACUCAAAGUGUUGCCUUCUCUGAAAUACCAAUUCAUUUUUGUCUUUCGACCUUCAUCAUUGCUCCCAACGAUUUGGCUUAAAUUCUGUCGAUGGGGUUCAGUGAUUCUUCUUUUUCUUCUAUUGGUGCUGUAAUUCUUGGAAAAGUCUCCUCGAAUUUAAUAUACCGUAGAAUCCAUUUAAUUUUCAGUUGUUAUACGUGUUUCUUUCAAAGAGCAAUUCCUCCCUCCCAUGUGCAGAUUAAAAUAUAAAUAAAAAUACAAGUUGCGUCCAGGAAUGUUUAUUCCAUCAGCAUUUGUUUUGCACAUUCAUUCAUGAGCAGUCCUUAAACGAUGCACGGUUAACUUUUUUUUUAUUUUAACGCACCCCUCCAUGCGAUGUGUAUUUUACGAAGUUGUAACAAAAAAGCACACCUUAUAUUUAAGAGCAAAGCUACGUUUUUUGUAAAAUAUAAAACGUGUGGAAGCCCUGCGCCCUUAUUUUAUAUCAAAAAUGUGACCCGCCCCCCCCCCAGAAAAUCAGCACGUUGACUUUAGGAGGGGGGGGUUGGGUGUGUGCGCGUGUGUGUGGUCUGUGUGUGUGCUCAUUCAGCUCCUGGUUUUAAAUGUCCAAGCGAGGGUUACAAGGAGUUUUUUUAAACAACUCGUUAAAAUUCCUCUUCAUUAUCAGUCCGAAGCCUUUUUAGAUGCUGUGCAUUUUUAUUUUGGCGAAUGGUUUUCCCCAUCACAACCCCCCUACCCCUCCACUCCGUUACAUUUGUGUUUGUCCAGUACCGCUUGAACGUGUUUUUACUUUUGUGACCCUGAGUUUUAUGGUUUCAUUUGCUGUACAUUUUGUGAAAUUUCCCC